AAUUCUAAUUCGAAUAAAAGUCUAAUGCAUGUUAAUCAUUGAAAAUGAGAGAAAAAUUAAGAAAUGCAGAAUAAUAACCCUCAAAUUCUCAGACAGUGGACAUCACUGCAAGGCAUAUACUGCUAUUGUGAGAACUGAGAAAUUUAUCUUAAUAGAAUAAUUUAUUACCUAUUUACAGUCCCUAGGUUUACCCUCUCAUAGUUUUGUACAAUUCCUUAAAUGAGGAAAUUCAUAAAGAAAUUACGUCAGAGAAUUGUUUUCGGGUUUAAUUAAAAGAACUACAUUAGACGCCAAUAACACCAAACCCUAUGCUUUGGAGGUACAAUCACAAGACAAUAGAACUACAGUAGUAAAUCAAGUUCAUUAGCUUGAACAGCGAAAUAUUCCACAGUUACAGCACAUGUAAUUACCGGUAAGUGCAGCAAAAAUUACUUCGAAAGCCACCAAGGCUACUUCCAAGUUCAGGAGAAAAUAUUCACCCGACAAAAAGGGUAAACGGUGCCACACAGGCUAUAGUGUCAUAGACAGUGCCACACAGGCUAAAUAGAGCCAUCAAUAGUGCCACACAGGCUAUAGUGUCAUAAAUAGUGCCACACAGGCUAAAGUAUAAAGCCAGGCCUUUAAUACAAUGUGACAUCACAGUUUAUCUUGGUCUGCAUGGGCCUCAGACGUCUACGGCAGUCGUAGCGCUCUGCCAAACAGCUAGCGACGCCCUCACUAGACACAGCACAGAACAGUGGAGAGCAUCUUGGCUAGACCCAAGAUUGAACAGAAGCACACUGGAGUGAGGAGACUCUAAGACAGUUUUCCGUCUGGAGCUACCGGUAGCCCGCACCUUGACUGUUUGUACCCGGCGGAGAGUACAUGUACACGUGUGGUCUCCAUCUCGUCGAAAAUGGCCACAAUUUUGGGAAUAAUCUUGGCGUGCUUUUUUCUGACUAGCGGAGCGCGUGGCAACUGGAAAGAGGGAAGCCAGGAUCCUACUCACUCGAAACUGGGCUUGUAUGUAGAGUAUAUGGCAUGUGACGCCAAUGUAUGCGUGAAACCCUACAAGAUGACAUUGGACAGAAAGGGGACAGUUCAACAUAAUUUCACUUUCACGGAAAGCCCUUACGAUUUCCUCCUGGACACCAGCUCAGCAUUGAGCCAGAGCCACAUGCUUCUGAACAUGACUCAAGAAAACCAGGAACCAUUUCGCUUGUGCGCUGAAUAUGAGACUGCCAUGAGCACUUACUCCAAGGGUCCGCUGAAAAUAAGGAGGUGUCUGGACAGCUUCUUUGAGGGGAUUACCAUCCCAGCCGAGUGCGUCAAGCCGAUCACUGUGUACACAAUUUAUAUUAAGGAUGGCGACGGCGAAAUGCAAGGAACGAAGGUUCUGCUCUGCCUGGGCGCGAAAGAUUAAAGACCCUGCUCGGCCAACGCACAAACUGACAUGAAACACCGCUAGAAUGUGCAAAAUUAAGUCUUUUUUGUUCGGGGGUUGGGGCUGAAUUAUGUAGUCAAUCUAGGGGAAUUUUGGGUUUUAAUUCUAUAUGUAUAAACAUCCGUCAGCUAGUUUAGAAAGGGAGAGAUAAUAAGUUUUCCGUAACCGGUUGUAGUGAUGUAACGUAAAAUCCAGCAAGUACUAUAUGUAGCACUACUUUCUGGUUCCAGGUAAUGGGUAUUAAAAUGCAUGAUUUCGUUAUAUGAAGAAAAUUAAUGUUGCCAUGUCGAGUGGACAAUGUUUGGUAACUUCGGCAUUUUAUUGAACUCAGAAGCCAAAUUAAAGGGUUCUUUUGAUGUUUUAUGAUAGUUGAGUUGCUCCUUCAUUUUUCAAAAUAACAUUAAUUUUGGGGCUAUUGUUAUUAAAGAGGUAUUUUAGCUCUUUUGGGUUUUUGUUAUGCUGACAUGUUUUCUUCGAGGGAGAAAACUUCAAUAUUACAUUGGUUUGUGCCAAAGAAAUCUGUUGGAAUUGCUGAUACUUUGCUUUUCUAAAUUUCCCUUCAUGCAGGUGAUCCGUUACUUGUGUAAAUACAUCUCAACAACCCAACGAGCAGCAUUUUUUCAGAGAAGUUUCGGGAUCUCUAUUAGGAAGUAAAAUGAACAGUUUCUUUCGACGUUGACAUCACGGCAACAGCACGCUCACAGCUCUCCUUAAAAGCUCAAUAAUGAUUGUAGGGGAUCCGAUGAUACCGUUUUAAUCUGUUUCGUGUCUUUCCUUGUCGUCCUUAGUUUCUGUUCAUAACUGGUUGUCCGGAAAACAUUACGCAAUGGUAUUUAAUUUAGUACGUGUAGUUCAGUAUUAGCUCUAAUAAUUGAAAAUGUGGGCCAAGGACCUUGAAAUGUAAUAACAUUUGUUUAUUUUUAUUGAUGUUCUUUCUGUUGUAAAUUUCCGAGGUUUGGCACUGUAGUAUCAACUUUAAGUUUUUCUAAGGGGUUAGACUGUACUACACGGGCACAUAAAUUUAGCCCCAAAACGCGGGUGUUGGCACCGCCUGCCCGGCUCUUUGCAGGUAAUCAUGUUGCUCCUUUUACUCCCAUUUUGUAGCGUAAAUUUCAUUAUUUUGUGGAAACUUUUGGGGUCGGAUGGCCUAUUACCUUUACGGUAGUUUAUCAUAGACAUAUUUAAUAAGGAUAGGAUGGUUUUUGUUAGGUUGAAAAUGUGCAAUUUAGGUGAAGUUCGAAGAAAAGUAGUGUAGGAGCUUUAAUUUAACGUUGAUUUUUGACAAUAGAAACAUGUACAAGCGUUGUGGUCGUGUAAAAAGUCACCUGGGUUGAUGUGCAAAACUUACGACAUUUAUUGGAUUGUGGGAUUAGAUUUGGAUUUUUUGUGUCAUUGGUAAUUUAACUGUAACACCUUUACAUGUUUGGGAUUAAGUGUAGUUACUCUGGCAUCUUGGACUGCUCGCUUGAAGUUUAGUAUGCAUGGCGGCUUGGAGGGUGUGUGUGUGUGCGGUGUCAGGGCGUGCGAUCGUCGGUCAGCCAGCGCGCGGGGUUGACCUGACUGCUUGCGUCCCUGACUCGUGUACCCGGCGCUGCCUUCAUGCCUAUUCAGUUAAAUGUACAUGUCUGUUUUGGCACGAAUCAGUUAUUGCAGAUUAAUAUUUAUUGUGUAGCCAUUUUUUUUACGAAUACUGUGUAACAGAUUAUUUUACAAGACCGCCUGCCGACUCUUUGCAGGUAGCCCCAGUCUCGGGCCUGACUAUUGCAUACAAUAAACCCAAUACAGGGAAGAGAGCUGAA